UGGAGGACCUGCACGAUCUGCACGAACAACACGCGCACAACGGGACCAGCGCUCGGCGUACCAGCGCAUACCUUCAUUUUGACGCGGAGAAAAAUACGAUUUACACCAAGAUUUGCAGACCGAUACAAUCGUUCAACUACGGGGUUUCCGGUGCAAGGGUGCCAUUCUCACGCGAUUGGAGGGCUCGAAGGCUUGUACCUUCUCCGGGGCUUCCAGAGACGCGUGGAACAGCCCAGUGCAUUCCUCCGCGCAGAGAGGGAGGGAGGGAGAGAGAAGGAAAGUGGCCAGGGGAGUGGUAUCGGCUACAUACACACUCAGAAAUGCAUACUUGUCAGUAGAUGUGUAUCGACUGUGUAUUGAGCAUUAGUUUGAGCCAAAGGUGACGUGGUUAGUUUGCGGAAAACUGACCCAACGAUACGCGAGGAGAUCGCGUCGCUUAUGAGCAAAUGCUUUGAUGAAUAAUUUAAGGUAUUUUGGGCCGAGUGUAGAACUGCUACUAAUGUCCGCUGGCUGCGCCUGACGCCACGGAACGGGCCCCGAUGGUGGACUAAAGAAUAACGGCAACACGGAUAGAAUAUAGCACACUCGGUAUUUCCUUGGUAUUGUCCGAAUUGAAUGCGCUGUGGCCCGGCCCGUAACCAUGUUGAGUCGAUGAGGGAGGGAAGAUGGAGCUUCCAAAUCGCCACGGAUCCAGUAUCUCACUAGUCCCUGGAUUCUUUUUUAAACCUUGAUGAUCCUGACGCCAACAAACAUUAUUCCAGGGGCACGACUGGGUAUAGCUACGAUUUUGAAAAUAACCCCCCCCCCCCCAAAUGUGAUAUAUAUAUUUUCUCUAAUUUGUUUAAUUUGAAAGAGUGACCGACAUUACCUCUUGACACAAGCCUUAACCAACUAAAAUGACUGAGAAACUGCAAACUGAAGAGUAACUAGUUUGUCUUCACUACAUUUUGUAUUUACUGUCAACUCUUUUUUUUUCUUGGAGAAGGCGUCUGCCUCUGCCUUUCAAAACAUGUAGAAUUUCUUUGGAAUCGGACAGACUUUUCACUUAUCUACCUCAAACACCAGCUUAUUUUACACAGCAUAGUACGGGGAAACGGACGCUUCCCAAAUGAAUACCUCAGUCUCAAUGCAGCACAUGUUUUAAGUUGAGCCCGUUUUCUGUAGCGCUGCAGAUGGCUUCCUUUCCCGACUCGGACCUGCAGACGUGCCCGCUCUGUAAAGAGCUCUGCGGCUCCAACGCUCCAAUUUCCUCCAACUCCUCCACCUCCUCCUCUUCCUCACACACCUCUUCCUCUUCCUCCAUCACCUCCAGGCGGUUGCUAGUCCUCCCCUGCCUCCACGCCUUUUGCAGACAGUGUCUGGAGGGCCAAAGAAGCCCUGGAGACCCCCUGAAGCUCCGAUGCCCCACCUGCAACCAGAAAGUGUCCAUCUCUGAGGCCGGCAUGGAUUCUCUGCCCUCUUCCAACUUCUUGUUCAGCAACUUGCUGGAUGUGGUGGUGAGCUCCGAGGAGCAGCUCCACAACAAGAACGGCCUCCACAGGGGAGUGAUCGGAAGUGGCGUCCCGGGCUUCCACCACUCCCACGGGAGCCUGCUGAGGCCCCACUGCCUGGGGAUCCCCCAGUGCAGCUCCUGUGACGAGGAGAACCCUGCCACCUCCCACUGCCUGGACUGCCAAGACUACCUGUGCGACAACUGUGUGAGGGCCCACCAGAGGGUCCGGCUGACCAAGGACCACUUCAUCGAGCUCCUGGGAGAAGGCCUCCACCUUGGGCCCCCGACCAACAUCAGCCCCAACCAGGGAGUGUCCCUGGCACAGUCCCUCCAGUCCAACUUCGCCCUGCUUUCCCUCUUCCAGGACCGCAUGAGCUUCUGCCAGCACCAUGACAACGAGGUGUUCCUGUUCUUCUGUGAGACCUGCUCGGUGCCCAUCUGUAGAGAGUGCAGCGUGGGCCGCCACAUCGGCCACAGCUUUGUGUACCUCCAGGACGCCGUCCAGGACUCCAGGACCAUCACCAUCCAACUGCUGGCUGACGCCCAGCAGGGGCGCCAGGCUGUACAGCUGAGUAUGGAGAAGGCGCAGGCCAUGCCAGGCCAGGCGGGCCCUCAGAACCAGCCCAACCCCCAGCUGGAGGGCCCCAUAGCUGGGGAGCUUCUCCUGACACCACAGUGGACCGCUGCUGCUCAUGAUGGAUUCAACCCCCCUUUCUGUGUGUGCAUCGUGGUCAUCAAAUCUUAA